CAUAAAUUAUUCCCUCUUUAAUAUAUACUCGAAUUGAAUACACUUUGAAGACAUAGGUAAAGAGAGUUAUAACAUCAAAUGGAAGUUAAGCACAAAGAGUGUUCAUCAAAGACGGAAGAAGAUGGGCAAGCCAUCGUCCAAAUGUGGAGAUACAUAUUCAGAUUCACUGAAAUGGCAGCAAUAAAAUGUGUAAUAGACCUCAAAAUUGCUGACAUUAUAGAAAGUUAUGGAAGCCCAAUGACAUUGUCACACUUAUCCUCUGCUUUAAAUUGCUCUUCUUCACUCCUUCACCGCAUCUUGAGAUUCCUCAUUCAUCGUGGAAUUUUCAAAGAAGAAACCAUUGGUGAAAACCAGACAGCUUAUUCACAAACACCUUUGUCUCGUUUGCUAGCCACCAAUGUUGAGAGCACCAUGGCUCCUUUGCUUUUACUGGAAACAAGUCCAGUGAUGCUUGCAGCAUGGCCUAACUUGAGUGCUCACUUAAAGAACAGUGAGACUUUUCCAUUUGAGAUUGCUCAUGGAAAGGAUUUGUGGAGCUAUGCUGAAGCAAAUCCUGAACAUAAUGUGUUGUUCAAUGAGGCCAUGGCUUGUUAUGCUAAGGUGAUUGCUUUUGCUAUACUUGAAGGGUGUGGGGAUAUUUUUGAUGGAGUUGGAUGUUUGGUGGAUGUUGGAGGAGGAAAUGGAAGUACUUUGAGCAUUUUGGUGAAUGCUUGUCCAUGGAUGAAAGGUAUUAACUUUGAUCUUCCUCAUGUUGUGUGUGCUUCCCCACAAUAUGAGAAUGUGCAGCAUGUUGCUGGUAACAUGUUUGAUUUUGUCCCAAAAGCUGAUGUUGCUUUCCUCAAGUGGAUUCUACAUGAUUGGAAUGACGAAGAAUGUAUUAAAAUUUUGAAGAGAUGUAAGGAAGCGAUUCCAAAAAGUGGAGGGAAGGUGAUAAUUGUAGAAGCAAUAAUUGAAGAAAAGAGUGAAAACAAGAAGGUAUCAGAUGUGGGAUUGAUGUUUGACCUAGUGAUGAUGGCUCAUACAAAUAAAGGGAAGGAAAGAACAAUUGAAGAAUGGGCAUUUGUUAUCAAUGCAGCUGGCUUCACUCGAUACACCAUUACACCCAUUCAACCUAUCCAAUCACUUAUUCAAUGUUUCCCUUAAAACAGAAACAAACAACUUCUUCUUCUUGGAUCACAUAUGCAUUGAUUAUUGCAUCCACUAUUGUCUUUAAUCUAUUUCUACUACUUUGUCUCAA